CUGACAGCCACCGGACGAAUUCAGUCUGCCGCUGGACUUGAAACGUGGGGGACGUGAACGAGACUCUCGUCAAGGGUUCUCUUCUCUGUCGCGGUGCAGGUUCCGCUUUCUAGUUCGUCGUUCGUCGCACUUGGCGCCGCGAACAGAAGAGACUCGGUCCGUGGCUAGGAGGAGACGAACUUUAAUCCUCCGGCGAGCAAAGUUACUAGAAACUAGUUCCUCCGGCAGUGCGUGGUUUUUCUCGUUGGUUUUCCUCGCUGGAAUCUCACCUACGCCUUGCAACGACUCGCGAGAAGUUGUCAACUACGCCACUGACGUUUCUACAGUUGGGACAACGGACGACGUCGGAGGAGUCAGGCCAACAGAGUGGCUGCUGUCGUUCCGACCAAUUCCGCCGGCGUGCGUUUUCGUAAACGAGUGAACGAGCCCCGAUUGACAGUGGCGCGGGGCGACGUUCGUUUUUGGAAGAACAGCGACGAGUGAGAAACGAGCCUGGCGUUCGAAAGUCAAGGUCGUACCUGUCAAAAGACCUGCACGCGCGUACCGGCGCAUUAUUUAGCCGUCUCGGCUGGCAAGUGACGCGAGAGGGAUUCCUUUCUAGCCGGUCUCGGGCCGCGGGACCACGCGCGUCUGCCUCCUUCUUCGCGGAAGCCUCCAGGAAUUCUUUGCCUGUUUCUUCGUACGACCGUACCGCGUCAACUUGCGCGCCUGUGUGUAUACGUACGCACGGAGACGAAGCCGCGACAGAGUUCGUACAAGUGUUCUGUAAAUAUCGGCGGGACGAAGAGGAAAAGGGGGAGAGUGAGAGAGAGAAGAAGAAAAAGGAAAAAAAAAAAAAAAGAAACGAACGUCGCGUUAUUGAGGAACGACACGUGUGGGCCCAUUGCCACACUCGUUCGACAACCGUGCACGUACCGUCUCUGUCACGCACGGCCGAGUGCAACGUGAUCGAAUUAAGCAGAAACCAGGUCGUUUCCUCUUAACACGGUCGGAGAAUCGAUCGUGUCUUCUCGUCUCUUCGCGCGUUUGUAAAUUUGCCUUUUCCUCAAGAGAGAUAAGCGGAAGAACUUUCUUCUUCUUCUUUUUUUUUUUUUUUUGUCGUGAGAACAGGAGGAUAGAAUAAAAGAAUUAAAAAAAAGGACAAAGUGUGCAAUAACGAGAAAUUCGAAUUCGUGGAACGAGCAGGCUUGACGGUGUGCAGCAACGGAACGCCGGGAGAGCCCGGGAGUGUUUAUAUGCCAGCUUGACAGCUGACGGCCAGUGGUUUCCAGCACGUCGACAACCUGGCGGCACGGUUCAAAUGAAGUUGAGGCGUCGCUGCAUGCAGACGCUCGGCGUCUCCGUGAAACAGUUGAGGAGAAAGCUGCUCGAGCUGGGCGCACGAAUCCUUCACGUUCAGGGUUCGAAGCCACGCGACAUGGCCCUUGUGAUGCUGUCGAUGAGCCCAGGAAUGGAGGUGAGAAGCAGCAGUCAUGGUGGCCUCGGUGGUGGUGAUCCGAGCGGCGGAGGCGUAGCCGAGGUGAACGGCAACGGAGACGCAGCCACCGACGGGAUUCAGGAAGUGAUGGUGGCCGCGGCGAGGGACCGGGCGAUACGAGCCGGAAGUGUCCGGCAGGAUCUCGCCCUCGACCUACCACCGCGGCUGCAGCUCCCCGAUGGCGAGGAACGUCCAUACGGUGCACACACUACCUUCCAUCUUCGCGAUCCUGAACAGGAGAGCGAGAUAUACCAAAAGUGUGUUCGACCGCCACCAAACCGCACCGUAUUCGACAGUGAGAGCCCACCGCCAUAUCGGAGCCAGUCGGCGUUGCUGGACGCCCCGGAACGACUGGUCCGAUGCCACAGCGCGGGAAGCUCAUUGCUGAGGGUAUUCCGCAAGUUUCCAAGUCCGGGUAACUCGACACCGGCCGUAGUGGUGCCGCCCAGGAGGCCCACUUUGUCGAGUUACUCGGAAUCCAGUAGUAACCUCAGCAAUUUGUCGAGCCUUACUGUGGUAGCGUGCGAAGCUGACGAAGGUCAACAGCGUCAGCGGCAGCAUGUUUGAUCCCUAAAAGGAUUGAGCAAGACUUUCCCGGCCAUUGAGUGGACUGCCCCGAAACCAAUGGUGUGAGUUCCUCUGGGAUGUGAAGUAUCUUAAAAACAUCAAUUAAAGAACUUCAGACGAGUGGACUGCCCCGAAACCAAUGGUGUGAGUUCCUGUGUGGAACAUUGAGUAUCUUGAAAACAUAUGCAAUUAAAGUAAAACUUUUAAAGAACAAUUGAAGUAGUAGAAUAAAAAAGGAAACUUCAGACGAGUGGACUGCCCCGAAACCAGCGGUGUGAGUUCCUGUAUGGAACACUGAGUAUCUCGAAAACGUAUAUCAUGAAAGAACUUUUAAAGUUCAUGAAGUAGUAGAAUAAAAAAGGAAACUUCAGACGAACGGACUGCCCCGAAACCAGCGGUGUGAGUUCCUGUAUGGAACAUUGAGUAUCUCGAAAACAUAUAUCGUUAAACAACUUUUAAAAAACAGUUGAUGAAGUACAAUAAAAAAGAAAACUUCAGAUCGAGUGGACUGCCCCAAAACAAGCAGCGUGAGUUCCGGUAUGGGAUAGCGACAGUUUCUUGAAAUCAUUUAUUAUCUUUCUCUUUUAAAAAAAACAGCAAUGAUUGAGCAAAACGAAGGAAUGAAAAAGAAAACUUCAAACCAUCAAGUGGACUGCCCCAAAACAAGCAGCGUGAGUUCCGGUAUGGGAUAGCGGCAAGUUUCUUGAAAUGAUGUAUUAUUUCCUUCCUUCAAGAACAGUUGAUUUAACAAAAAAGGAAAAUUAAAAGAAUGAAAAAGAAAACUUCAGAUCAAGUGGACUGCCCCAAAACAGGCAGCGUGAGUUCCGGUAUGGGAUAGCGACAGUUUCUUGAAAUCAUUUAUUAUCUUUCUCUUUUAAAAAAAACAGUUGAUUGAGCAAAACGAAGGAAUGAAAAAGAAAACUUCAAACCAUCAAGUGGACUGCCCCAAAACAAGCAGCGUGAGUUCCGGUAUGGGAUAGCGGCAAGUUUCUUGAAAUGAUGUAUUAUUUCCUUCCUUCAAGAACAGUUGAUUUAACAAAAAAGGAAAAUAAAAAGAGUAAAAAAGAAAACUUCAGACCAUCGAGUGGACUGCCCCGAAACCAGCGGUGUGAGUUGCGGAGAUGGAACAGCGACAGGUCUCUAACAAUGAUUUGUCAUUCCUUUUGUAAGAACAGUCAAAAGAAGAAAACCUCAGGGGGAAAAAAAAAUGGGAGAAAAGCUUCAGCCAACACAACAUUGAUUUCCAACAUUCUGAUGCAAAGGGAAAAAUAUGGGGCGAGUAGACGACACCAGGCAGAAGGAACAUCGCUAGCAGCGGAGUCGUCGAUGCUCUAGUCGUCAAGGGAUCCCUUGACACCGAAGUCACGAGGACGAGGGACUUCGGUUCACCAAGCUCACGACUUGUCCUGUGUUCACAAUCUAACACGGGCACGACUGAAAAUCUCGACAGCGAAACAUCAUCUGAAAAAGAAGCAGUUCAUUGUUACGAUCUCUUUUUCUAAUCUCUACCGUUGCCAGCAGAUGCAAGUCUAAUUGACCUGGGUUUUUGUUGCUUUUUGCAAGAGCCACGAAUGCCGAACAGAGUGAAGAACCGUACUGAAGAGCGAAGAGCUGUUGAGCGGAGAUCUGCGUUCGUGGACCUGGGUGGCAACCAUUUUAAUUCAAACUGCAGCUGACGAAGAUUCUCCUACGUCUUCAAAUUUAACAUUGGAUGAUUUCGCAAUCUGGUUUUCUUUUCGAAAGGGCGGUUUUUCAUCAUGUCAAAGAAGAAAGAGAAGGGCAUCCAACGGAAAACUUCAGCGACAAAUGGCAAUAAAUGGACAAUUUGGAAAAGACGCCGAGUCAUUGUGACUCAGUUAUUCACACUUUACAAUUCAGUUAUUUGAAGAAAAAGAAACGGAGAAUGGAUCGACGACAUCAAAGGGCAUCAGAGUUUGGCAGCGGAUUUUGAUAUCAGCUUGAUGUCAUAGGUUUGCCAAAGGUACCUUAUGAAAAUCGAUGCUAAAAAGACCGCCUCAGUCAGCAGAACAAGCUAAGAAGAGCUUUGGCAGCCUUUUCAAAUGACAACUUCCAGGACCACGAGGAGGGGAGGAGGGGGGGGGGGUCGAUUGUAGCUUCGCUAACAGCUCCCCCCAAGGAAUUUCUAGUCGUCGAGGGGGCCCCGUAAAAAUGAAGCCGCAGGGAUGAGGAACUUCCAACUUGGUUUUUUUUUUUUUUUUUGGAAAAACCACGGAAUACGGACAACUGCGUUCGUAAAUUUGCAUCAACCGAUACUUCUCCCGAGAAGACUUUGGAAUUAUUACAAUUCUCAGAGAUGAUGACGAUUCAUCAACAUUUUAAUUGAGGAAAUUCACGUGAGCCGAGAUGGACCAUCGAGGUACUGGAUGAGUGGAGAGAAUAAAACAAUCACCCAAACGACGAGAUGAAUAACAAUAAGAAAAGGCCUAUCAACAAAGAGGGAAUAGAAGACGGUACGAAGCAGUCAACCGAUAUAAAUUUGAAAUUACGAUCCUUGUACCAUCUAGAUAAACUAAAUCCACGACAACUGGGGGAGAAGCUGAUCGUCGAUUAGCGUGGUGAGUCAGUGAUCGGAAAUAAUGGACAAAAGUGCGUCCGUUUUGUUGAAAAUGCAGCAACAAAAUCAUCGAUAUUUAAUACUUCUGAUCAUCGAGUAUAUAUAUAUGUAAUAUGUAUAUAUAUAUAUAUAUAUAUCUUGUUUUUUGGAAGAUUUGUUUCUCUCAUAUUGUUAAAAAAAUUAUUUAUUGGCGAUAGUUCGCGAUGUGGCGUGUUCCUGGUGGGGGGCACGCGACAGAGCGAAGGAAACGUGAAGUAAGCGGGCGAAUCCGCGACACACACUCUAUAUAGAAUAAAGUGAAUGUAUCUGACGUAUGAACGACGAGUCAAAUUGUAUGCGUGUGCCAUUUGUGAACGCGUCUGUGUAAAAAGAAAAAUAAGAAAACGGGUCCAGGCGAGAGAGAUAGAAGGAUGAGCAAAGGGGGGGUUGAAAAAUAGAGGGAGGAGCGGGUGGAAAUAUUAUUGAGAGAAACGAGAAGUGCGACGAAAAGUGUGAGAUGAGAAAGAGACAGAGAAAAAAGAAAAAAGGAUGGUUUUCUGAAUGAAUGACUGCAGCGCAAUUCUACGUGGCAACUUUGUAAGUAUGCGCGUGUGAACAAACCGAUUUCACAAUUAUAAAAUAAGUUAAUACAGAAAAAUGGGAGAAAAGAACAACAUGGCGAGAAUGAUGAAACUUUGUAAAUAUUAGGUUAGGUAGUUCAAUAUCAAUAUAAUUACUGCGACUAAAAAAAAAAAAAAAAAGAAAUAAAUCUUUACACCAUCGCAUAAACACAGUUAGACAGGCCGUGCGAAAUCGCCCUGGGACACGCGUGUUACGCUUUUCGACGUGUUGGUUCUUCUGGACGCGAAUGAAAACGGCGGAAAGAAGAAAAAAUGGAAAAAAGAGGAAAACUGAAUCGUUCUCGAGCGUCGUGAUCGAUCCUUCGAUUUCUGAUCGAGAAGGCAAGAAUACCAUCGACUCAUCCUCGUCGUUCCUCCAACUCUUUCUUCUUCUUUCUUCUUCUUUUUUUUUUUUUUUUAAUUUUUCUUCUUCCGGAGGAGAGAAAAGAAAAACGCUUUCAGACUGUUCUCGCGAAAGAAGAGAAGAGUUUUCUUCCCUUGGCGCGAGAACAGAUCGGUACUCACGUUUUAGUGAUCGAUAUAACGAGUCGAGGAAGUCAGUGUCGCGACGUGAGGAACGAGUCGUGAGCGAAAAGGCCAUGAAAGGGGGAGGGAGGAGGGGGGGGGAGGUAAAAACGAUUGGAAAUCGAAGGAAGCCUCGGUGCAAUCGAAUAAUCAAUCGCCGCCGCGUCUCGCCGUGUUUCGAAUGGCUCGCAUCAUGUUUUAUAUUUAACGCUGCGUUUACUAUUAAUUCAGAUAUAGAUAAGGCUUCAGUUUCUUUCACAGAAGAGAGAGAGAAAGAGAGAGAGAGAGAGAGAGAGAGAGAAAAGGGACGAAGAU